GGCUCGUAAGCUAAGCACGUUACACGCGUGCGCGCGGGAGAUCGCAUGCGCCCGUUUGAAAAUGGAACAUCGGAAAGUGACAGCUAAUUUUCUUUUUUAUCGAACAAUUUUUUAGGCAAAGACAAAAAAAAUUGUAAGGAUUUUUGAGGAUGAAGUUUGUUUGAUAUUGUGGUGUUUUCAGUGUUUCAGUUACAAGGGCGGCUGAGUUAGUGGACUGCAGGUGUGAAGUGUGAACUUGAUGUGCUCAGUGCCGCCAUUAUUUACUUUUUUUGUUACAUAGUUGUUGAGACUGUUUGGCUGCGAGGGAUUGUUUGUGUUGCUAUUAACGGUCAGCAGCAACUGGCUGGGUCAGCUCACGCGCUAAUGAUGAAAACGGCGCGGGCGCAGCGUGACGCCAGCGAGAGCGGGCCACUGUAUCAGCACUGCCAACAUGUUCACCAGAUUCGACCAGGGCAAAUCAACGAAAGGCGCGAGCAAACUGAGACGGGACCUGAUCAACGCAGAGAUCGCCAACCUUCGGGACCUCCUCCCCCUGCCCCCGUCCACCCGGCAGCGCCUAUCACAGCUCCAGCUCAUGGCCCUGGUCUGCGUCUACGUGAGGAAGUCCAAUUAUUUCCAGCAAGUAUUCAAACGCUUUGACAUCAACCAUCAAUCGUCGUCGGCGACAAAUUUUGGAUUUUCAAAGGCAAUGAACGGGUUCCUCAUGAUGAUGACUCAAAACGGGAAACUGCUGUACAUAUCGGACAAUGCUGCUGAAUACCUUGGACAUUCUAUGGAGGACCUGUUAAUCCACGGCGAUAGUGUCUAUGACGUCAUAGACAAACAAGACCAGCAAGCCGUCAGGACUGAGCUAUCCAGAGCUCCCACUGAUGGAGAAGACCGCGUCUUUCUCUGCAGAAUGAACGUAGCGAGGAACGCCAGGAGGCAGAUGCGGUUUGGCGAUCAGAAAGUGGUGCUAGUAAGGGGUCACUACGUAUCGUACCUACCGCUGUGCAGCCGCAACGAGCCCGUGUUCCUGGCCGUGUGCACGCCGCUCGCGAUGCCUGAGACGCGCGAGUGCGUCGUGCACGGCGCCACCAACGUGUUCACCACCGUGCACGCCAUGGACAUGAAGAUACUGCACAUCGACGCCAAUAGCGAGUGGCACCUGGGCUGGGAGAGGAGUUCCCUGCACGGAGUGAGCUGGUACCACCUCCUACAUCCAGACUGCUGCAAGGAAGCCCAGACGAAGCAUCGGUUGAUAACCCAAUCGGAACAAGAGCGCUCCUGCAUUGCGUUGCUGCGACUGCAGCGGCGGGCAGGCGGCUUCUUGUGGGUGCAUGCCGUGCUACAGCUCAAAGAGAACUUGGAGAACUCCCAACGACCAGUUAUAGUGUGCACCAACCAAGUUCUCAGUGAGCAAGAAGCGGCAGUAAUGAAGGCGAACCCGUGGCUUUACCACUACUACGCAGUGCAGUCCAAGCUGCAUUACGGCUUAGCCUACGAAGCUGCUUCGAGAAUGUACGGGCCGCCAGCUCCGGACGUGCCCAUCUACCCUCCGACGAUGCAGUACACCGCACCACCAGUCUGCGUCAACGGGAACCAAGUCAUGAUGCCCAGUCCGAAUAUCCAGCCACACAUACCCCACGUGACCCCACAUUUAACGCCAAUGCACUACGCCUACGAACGGCCAGACAACGUCCCUGUAGAUUACUCUGUGCCCCUCCAAGAUAAUAGAUACCACAAUAUUAGAGUGGAAGAUACGAGAGUCCAGCCAAAUGCGAAACGGAAAACGAAGAACACAGACGAGAAACCUAACACGCCCAUUCCUAACAUGUCGCCUCGAUGUACCCCAUCCACCGUCACAUCUGGAGAUACUCUAGUCGCUGUAUCAGCUGGGUCGAUAGCCAGCAGAAGACCUGGCUCGAAAAACUUCAAUAUAGCGGAGACAGAAAUGGUUGAUCAAUGGAAUCCUAGUCCCACUUGGUCGGAGUCCGCCCUACAGAAAGUUCCAGACGUUUGCCAUCAGGAUUUGAGUCCUUACGUGACGACAACGCCUCCAACGCCUUCUGGGACGCCAACAUCGUACACACAAAACUAUAGUCAUACCUUUGUGUUCGACUGGUCACCAGAGCAAUAUGUUCCUCAUACUAAUAAUAACAAUAGAUGUAACACAGUAACAACAGAAAGUUCCUACCAGCAGGCAUGGGAAAGAAGCCAAAGGACCGCAAUAACCAGUAACAUGGAGGGCUCGAUUGAUGAGAAUUGUAAUCCUAAUAGAAUAAGCUUACCUGUGAGAGCUAGUAAUCCACCUCCGGCGUAUAACGCAUCAAGGGAAGUUGAAGUUCUCAGAAGACAAAUAGACAAUCCGCAUCCAGAUUUGCCGGAUGCCAAAAAACCUGCAUUAUAACUAUAGCAUAAUUUUGUCAAAUUUCGAAUAAGAUAGUUCAAUAUUUGUUACCCUAAUAAGUUUAAUUAUUUGUAUUAAAAAAAGCUCUGGAACUCUCCUGUGAUCUUUGUGUGAAUAAGUAAAGUUAUGGAUAGAUAUACAUUUUUUUCCCUUCCCUUGUACAAAUUAUUGUUAUUUAAAUUUAGGUAUUAUUAUACAAUUCACAUACAAUGUGAUGUGUGUACGGUAUACGAAUCAGUAUGUUAAAUGUAAAUAAUCCGUCCAAGGUUAAAAAUGUGGAAUUGAAAUAAUGAGAUUAUUGAUCAAGCAUUUCUAGAUUGUGGAUGCCUUGGUACCUAUUUAGUUCUAGAUAAGUAAGUUUCCAGCAUGCAAAAGCUGAAUUCUUUUCCUUCGCAAUUUUAUUAAAAUAGAUGUGAGAGCCGACCACUGUCACUAUAUUAGAAUAUAUCUAGCAGUUAAUAUUGAAUACGAAUUUACAAGUGCGAAAUUUAUCGUCGAGGCGAAAUUCAUACUUAGAAAUAAACGAUUCAGCUGAGUUACAAAAGAAUAACAAGAUGUCUGGCACAAUAAAAUAAAAUUAUUAUAUGAGGAUUUCAGUACAUACUGUAAUAUCAUCGAGAUUGAUACCUACAUGCACUGUGCGAAUAUAUUGUAAUAAACGAUUCCGUCCAGUCGUCUUCCUAUUUAAAUAUUUAUAAGUAUUACAUGUACUUACUUCAUAGAAGUAAAUUUUGUACAAAUACAUAUAAACGAAACAAGUUCUUAGUUUCGUCAUGUAGGUAUAUUAUUUAGAAAUAAUUUAUACUCCAUACAUUGUUGAUUGAAUUUAAAAAAGUAAAGAUAUUACG